AGGUAUAUACCUUGGUAUAUACCUUGUUAUACCUUGUUAUAUACCUUGGUAUACCCAGGUAUACCAGUGUUAUACCAGGGAUCCCUCACUAAACAAACAUGGCCGACGCUCCGGAGAUCACCAAGAUGAAGGUUGCUGACCUUAAGAAGGAACUCAAGGCUCGAGGAUUACCAGUCACAGGGAACAAGAAUGAACUCAUCGAAAGACUGCAGGCGGCUCGAGAAGGAGGUGAGAGUGUACCCGUGGGUAACGCUGAAGGUGACGACGAGGACUUUGACGAGGAGGAAAUCUUGGGAGGAGAAGAUAUGGAUGCUGCGGAGCUAGGAAAACUGACACCCCAGGAGGAGGAGGCUGCGCUAGGCGGUAACAUCAGAGUCCGCGAUGAAGCUGCACUGUUGGAGCAACCGGAGAAGAAGAAGAUCAGUCUGAAGCGAUCUAACUCCUCCUUACCCCCGCCAUCCGCCCCGGAUGAACCCAAAUCGGAGAAUGACCCACCGGCCAAAGUUGAGGAGGAGAAAGACCCUGAGGAGAGUCCAUCGCAGAAGAAAAUCAUCAAACUCGACUCUUCUGCCACUGAUAAAACCGCAAUCGAAUCAAGGGCCGAGAGAUUUGGCAUGCCCAUGACAGAGGAGGCCAGGAGACUGUCACGCGCUGCUCGCUUUGGAUCCCAGACUAAUGGAGCUACAAUUAACAGGAAACCUGCGAAGCUUUCCAUGGAGACUGGGGGCACAGAUGUGGAGAAGCUGAAGGCUCGUGCGGAGAGGUUCGGAGAAGUUACCUCAAAAUCAUUAGUGAAGAUGACUGAACUGGAGAAAUUGAAGUUAAGGCAAGAGCGAUUUGCUGCAGCAACAGCCGUAGCAGCAGAGAACAAGACAACACAAGAAAAGAUUGUAACGGAAAAGACAGCACCGGAAAAGACUUUGAUAACCAGUUUAGACCCCACAGCUGCCGCUAAAAUCGUAAAUGUGGGAGCUGUUGCCGGCAAAGACGAGGAUGCCCAGAAGAAGAAACGAGCGGAGAGAUUCGGCGUACAAUGAGAUUCACACAUUUCCUGAGCUCUGGCGAAAGCACGUGCAUAUACAUUUUACUGAUACCAAAAAAAUUUGGGCUAUAGUUUAAAUCUGAGAAAAAGAUUCUGACGCGGGUCAGUUGUGUGUUGUCUGCAGUACAUAAGGAAAAAAAGGCACCAAAAAAGGCGCAUUUCAUACAUGUAUAUAUCAUAUUUGUGUACAACUUUUCAUGCUACAGUGUAUGGUAUUGUCAUUAAUGUAAGACAAAAAUAUUUGUAGUACAAAGAGGCACGUCACUCAAAAUAAAUAAAUUUAAGUUCAUUGCUGUUUAAAAUUGUGAUUUUCAUUUGCAUAUUCAAAAUAGCCGCUUUUAUGACAGCUAUUUUAGGCUAUUUUAGGCUAUUUCAAAUGCAUUUUUGGGAUAUUUUACAGAAUGUAAAUGAAUAUAGGUCAUUGAAAUUUAUUUUCUGGUAUAAUAAAUUGAUUAAUUCUGAUGUUUUAUAUUGUAAAAAAAAAUUGGGUCAUUGAAAUUUAUUUUCUGGUAUAAUAAAUUGAUUAAUUCUGGUGUUUUAUAUUGUAAAAAAAAAUUGGGUCAUUGAAAUUUAUUUUCUGGUAUAAUAAAUUGAUUAAUUCU